AAAUAUUGUAGUUAUUCCACCAAGUACAAAAUUUAUUUAAAAUAUAUGUACGUUAAAAUGCAGGACAAUAGUAUAGAGAACAAUAUAUAAAAUAAUAAUAUUUGUGUAGAAAUACAAAUAGUUAUAUUUACAAAAAAAUUUUUGGAGCUGAACGUAAAAAUUGCUAAAAAUAACUGUACAAUAAAAUAAAAUUUCAAUGAAUGUACUUUUGUUUUGACACAUUUUAAUGAUUGUCUAUAAUAAUUUAUCAGUGUUAAACGUAAAGUGGAAGCAAGUAAAAUUAUUAAAAAUUUGGACCCGAUUAACGCAGGCGCACAAUGCUAGCAGCGAAUUUGCCAGUAUGCCAAUAUGCUGGAAUGUCCGGUCAAAGCAACAGUAGUAUUGCUAAUUCAAGUCUCAAUAACAACAAUAGUAAUACCAGCACAAAUUGCAGUAGCAAUAUAAUUUGUAACCAAAACAGUUCAAUUAAUAAUAACAAUAAUAACAUAACAUCUAUUGGUAACAGCAGCAGUAAUAAUCACAAUUCACUUGUUGCCUCUUCUUCAGUAAAUACAAAUAAUUCGCAAUCAAAUACAAACAUAAGCAACAUCAUUAAUAACAACAACAGCAGUAGCAGCAACAUCUUGAUAAACAAUAAUUGUAGCAGUGUUGGUGGCAAUAGUAACAUCAUUAUUGGUAAUAAUGGUGGCCUUGCUCUCGACCAUCAUAUUGGCGGCUUAGUAGGUGGAGGAACUUCUACUGCAGCGGCAAAAAACCAAUUAGAGCAAUUAAACACAAUGCGUGAAGCUCUAUUUUCUCAGGAUGGCUGGGGUUGCCAGCACGUUAAUCAGGAUACAAAUUGGGAAGUGCCAAGUUCACCAGAGCCCACAAAUAAAGACCCCUCGGGUCCCCCAAUGUGGAAACCAACUAUAAACAAUGGUACGGACUUAUGGGAAUCCAAUUUACGCAAUGGAGGACAGCCUACAACACAACCUGUACAGAAAACUCCCUGGGGCCAUACACCCUCUACAAAUUUGGGUGGCACUUGGGGUGAGGAUGAUGAUUGCACAGAUGCCAGUAAUGUUUGGACUGGUGGACCAACUGGUCCGUCUGCAGUCGGUGUUUCUGGUGUUACCCCUGGAUCUGGUGCUAGUGGACCAUCAAAUGGUCCGCAGUGGGGUCAAGGUGUAGGUGUGUCAGGAGCUGGUGUUCAAGCAGCAGUUGCUGCUCCCACAUCAAUUACAGGUGUCGCUCCUGGAGGUACUUCUAACGCAGGUGGUGUAAACUUGCCGGGAACUCCAGGAGCAGGAGGAGCAAGUGGAGCUGGAAACGGUUGGGGUGAUCCACGUGUUGGCGCCAUGGGCGGUGGUGGUGGCCCCUUAGAUAUGCGCUCUGUCGAUCCACGUGAUCCUAUGCGAGCUGCUUCAGCAGGCGAUCCCAGAGAAUUAAGAAUGCUGGAUCCACGUGAUCCAAUACGUGGUGAUCCUCGAGGAAUUUCUGGUCGUCUUAAUGGCACAUCAGAGAUGUGGGGUCAACAUCAUCCAAUUGCGCAGCACCAAAUGCCCGGUUUAAAUAAAAUGGGUGUCGGAGGACCUAAUGUUAGUGGAGUUGGAAAUGUUGGUGCUGCACCAGGAGCAGGCGGCUUAACAGGGCCUUCAUCUGUUGGUGGUUUAAAUGCAGCAGGUAAUGUAGUAGGUUCCCAAUGGGGAGCUCCGCCACAGUCUGUUGUAGGAGCACCGAAAGAUAUGGUAGGCUCAAUGGCACCAAAACCGCCAGUUAGCGGUUCUGGAUGGGAAGAACCAUCACCACCACCGCAAAGACGAAAUAUACCUAAUUAUGAUGACGGAACUUCGCUUUGGGGCCAACAAUCACGUGUACCUGGUGGAGUAGGUGGAGGUGGUGGAUCUCAUUGGAAAGAAAUUUCAGAUCCACUAAAUCCACGCAAUCAUUUAAUGCGUAGUGCAAUGGGCGGUCAAAAUUCUUCAAAUGUAUCUAACAUGGGUGGUGCUGGUGGUGGAUCUGCUGGAAAUUCAUCCUCUGGUGGAGCAGGGGUAGGCUCAACGGUGAAUCCAAAUAACCCAAUGGGUGUUGGGGCUGUUGGUCCCCCAGGCGCACGACUAGUUUCUGCCAUUAAUGGUCCCGGUGGUAUGGUCGGUGGACCUCAUAAACCUGACAACGGCAUGUGGCCUCAUCCUGCUGGUCCACCUAAUGUCCCUACAACUGGAGUUGGUGGUAGCCGAAAUGCUGGCGGCUGGGGAGAUGUAGAAAAUCACAAUGUUAUUAGUGGCGCUGCUUCUGUUAGUGGGAAUGGUGGGGGUAAUUGGGGUGACGAUAAGUCUAACCAAGCUGUCAGCAACAUGGGCCAAGCAGGAAAUUCAUGGAAUGAACCUCCCAGUGCCUCGGCUUGGAAUAAAUCCAAUCAAGCGAAAUUGGCAGGUGCUACGAAUAGCACAGGAUGGGGAACAGGCGUCUCUAAUGCAGCUUCUGGUGCUAAUGAUUCUAAUGAUUUAAAUCCUAAUGAUUGGACAACAGCUGCACACAAUACGAUAAUGAGUAAAGCUCAACAACAGCAAAAACUUGGGAGUGGUGCGACAGUUAAUCUUGGUGGUAUUAAUAGUGACCUAAUAAAGCAAAGCAAACAGUACCGAAUGUUAGUAGAGACAGGCUUUAAGAAAGAAGACGUUGAGCGAUCAUUAAUUGCUACAAAUAUGAAUUAUGACGAGGCCACUGAGAUGUUAAGGGCUAAUUUGACUGCUGUCAAUGCUGGUGUUGGUAUGGAUAAUUGGAGGCGUCAUGACGAUAAUUUGAGUUCCUAUGCUGAUCAUAAUGCCGCCGUUGCUGCUGCUGGUGGCUCAUUUCAUGGCCGUUACACUAUAGGAGGAACACAACCUGCUAUAUCAUUCCCUCCGAAUAACCUUCUAAAUUCAAUGGGCGGUGGAUCUGUCGGUGCUAGCGGCGGUAAUAAUCCACAACUGAAUGCCCUUAAUUCAAUGCAACCCUUGCAAGUGCAAAAGUACCUUAAUCAAGGCCCUCAUAACGUCGGUGCCGGUGGACCUCAAUCUGUUAAUGCUGCUGUUGCCUUUGGUCAAGGAUCUAAUGUUGCCGCUGUCAACGCUGCAGCUGUAAAUGCCGCCGCGGUUAAUGCUGCCGCCGUAUCAAACAGUACGAAUCAACCAUCAACCCAACAACUUCGUAUGUUGGUCCAACAAAUACAAUUAGCCGUACAGAGCGGUUAUUUGUCUAGCCAAAUAUUAAAUCAGCCAUUGGCUCCCACCACACUUUUACUCCUUAACCAAUUACUUAGCAAUAUUAAGCAUCUACAAGGGGCCCAGCAAUCAUUAGCACGUAAUGGUAAUAAUGGCAGUACGCUGCUAGCCAUUGCAAAAUAUAAGCAGCAAAUACAAAAUUUACAAAACCAAAUAAAUGCACAACAAGCAAUAUAUAUAAAACAGCAGCAAGCUUUACAACCAACUCCACAUCCGGCUGCUACGCAUAUCAAUAAUACUAAUAACGAAUAUUUAAGAAGCCACGAUGCCAUAUCAGCUUUGCAGGCAAAUUUCACAGAAAUGAACUUAAAUAAGUCUGGUGGCUAUCAAGGCACACCAAAUCAACAAUCUAGAUUAAAUCAAUGGAAGCUUCCAUUAGACAAAGAUAUCACUACGGAUAGCACAGAAUUUUCUCGUGCACCUGGCGCCACUAAACAAGGUGCUGCUUUAACCACAACAAAUGCGAGUAAUAUGGGACCUUUGGGUCUACAAGGUGAUGGAACAUGGUCAACCGGACGAAAUAUAAAUGACGGUUGGCCAGACCCCUCAAAUGAUAGUGAGAAUAAAGACUGGUCAGUUGGACAGCCUUCAACUGCAACUGCAUAUACCGAUUUGGUACAGGAGUUCGAGCCUGGAAAACCAUGGAAGGGUUCGCAGAUAAAAAGCAUUGAGGAUGAUCCAAGUAUAACUCCUGGAAGUGUAGCUAGAUCUCCGUUAUCAAUAAAUCCGACGCCAAAAGAUGCUGAUAUUUUUUCUAAUGCUGCUAACAAAAAUUCCCCGACUGAUUUACCGUCAUUAGGACUAACGUCAUCAUCUACGUGGAGCUUUAAUCCCUCAUCCAGCAAUCAAAAUUUUCCCAGUUGGUCGGAUAACACACAACAAGAAAUAUGGUCUUCAAUGAAUAAGACUUCACGCGGACCACCACCAGGUUUAGGCAGUAAUAAAUCUGGUGGAGGUGGCGUACCUAAUGUAACAAAUCCCGGUAAUGCCAAUGGUUGGCUAGGCGGUGGUCGAACUGGAGGCUGGUCGGGAACAAAUUCUAAUUGGACCUCAAAUUGGUUACUACUUAAAAAUUUAACCGCACAGAUUGAUAGCUCAACAUUACGUACCUUAUGUAUGCAGCACGGACCUUUGCUGAAUUUUCAUUUGUAUUUGAAUCAGGGCAUAGCUCUGUGUAAAUACUCCACAAGUGAAGAAGCAAGAAAAGCACAAAUGACCUUGAAUAGUUGCUUUUUGGGCAACACGACCAUUAUUGCUGAAUCACCCGGCGAGAAUGAAGUUCAUUCAAUAUUACAUCAUUUGCCUCAACAAAACACUAAUACUACUGCCACACAGCAACAACAACAAGCACAACAGGGUCAAGCCUCAAGCCAUAAUAACCCAUCCGCAGUAAAUAGUACAGGAGGAGUCGGUGGAGGUGGUGGAGGCAGCUCAAAUACAAAUGCCAACAAUGUCAAUAAUGUUAACAAUGCCUCAGGUUCACAAAAUCCCUCGACACCAGGUGGCAACAACGUUAAUGGGAUUAAUCAACAGUCUAACAAUCCCGCAAACAAUGUCUCUAGUAUUAAUUCAGCUAACAGUGGCAGCAACAACGCUAAUACCGGCCAAAACGGAAAUCAACCAUCCAAUCAUAAUUCUCAUCCAAAUACAAGUACACAAAAUACGUCAAAUGUUGCUACAAAUAACAGCAAUAAUGCAACAAAUAAUCCUUCAAAUGCUAAUAACACCACGGGGUGGCGUUCAACUGCCCAGCAACCCCAACAGACACAAAAUUCUCAAACACGACCCUCCGGUGGACGUGAUGACUUCGAAUUCAUUUCCAAAUAUGUGUGUUCGAUUGUGGAUGACUAGAUAAGGCUUACUAGUUUAAAACCAAUUCCCUCAAAUCCUCUUUCUACUAUCACACUUCCUCAAAUACCACUACUACUUCCUAGCUUACAACAACCAUAUAGAAGAUUUCUCAAGUAGUUUUAACUAUAUACAUAUUAUGAAACAAACAAUAAAUAAUGAAUUGUAUUAACAAUUAAAAAAAACAAAAGUUUAAUGUAUAUAUCAAAACGAAUUAAAAAACAAAAGAAAACCCAGCGACAUAAAAACGAAGACUGUUAAUUAUGACAUUUACAAAAUUUUAAAACUAUUGUUUAUUCAAAUUACAUAGAAAAAGUCAUGUAACUACAUACCUACAAUAUGUAUAUAAACUUUUAAAGGUUUAUAUGUAUAUAACGAGAUAUUUUUGUUUUGUUCAAAAUGUUGUUUGAACGUACUCGUAUAUUGGGAUAGUUAUAUUUAAUAUUUUUGUUAAUUUAAUUGAUGUUCUUUUUUGUUAUUAAAUGAUAGAAAGAACGCCAUAGCGUUUAAUGGCAUAUUAAAUUCACCUCCUACGCUAAGUGUCCUAAUGAAAUUAAUCAUUUUUAAAGUUAUGUAAGCUUAGGGAAGAAGGUAGUUGCUCAUUUAGAUCAAAUAAACCAAAUGCAAUUCUUAUUAGUAGUAUUAUCUCAUAAUGUAAUGUUAAUUAUGUUACAAAAAGUGUGGAUUAUUUUAUAUUUAAGCAUCAUAAAUUUAUUAAGUUCUUAAACAAAUUCUUUCUUAUUAUUAGUUACUCAAUACAGUUUUCCGCGGAAACAUUUAUUUCGAGGAAAUUACGAACCAUCCGUUUAUAAAGAGGUUGAUAAACAAUUUAGAUUUUCAUCACAUACAAAUCUGGUGGAUUGCUUUUUUGUAACCUUUCCUUAUUUAAUAGCCAUGUUUUGCAAAUUUUCGCAAUUUCAUAGUUGGAAAUGGAGGAGAAACAAUUACUUAGAAAAUGGAACAAAUGUAUGUAAUUAAAAAAUCUAUAUUUAAUAAUAAAAUAAAAAA